UAAUGUGAUAUCCCUCAAGAAGGGGGGAAAAAAUGGCCGGCUAUGUCUAUGGCACGACAAACUCUCUCUCAAGAGAGCUUUCUCACGCCUCCGAUGGCACUUCCCCCAGCCACAGUCCCCCGAGCGUGCCCGCGUUACUCUCCACACCUCGAACAUCAUAUUUUUCCAAACGUCGAUCUCUUAACAAGCCUUCGCCUGACAAUCGCCACCGCUUUCUGUCACUAGUGGAGGUCCAAAAAAAGCCUAGAGGCAGACCUCCAGGCUCCAAGAACAAGCCUAAACCACCUACUGUCAUUGCCAAAGACAGUGAAUCCGCCAUGAAGCCAGCCAUCCUCGAGAUAUCCGCUGGCUCUGAUGUCAUCGACUCCAUCAUCAGCUUCGCGCGUAGGAGCCACACUAGUAUUAGUGUCAUCAGUGCCACUGGCUCUGUCUCUAAUGUCACGCUCCGACAGCCAAUUCCUCACGCCCCAUCUCUCUAUUUACAUGGACCCUUUAACUUGCUUGCACUGUCGGGCUCGUUUCUUGGUUCCUUUGCGCCAAAAGAGUGCUCUUCUGGUUCUAGCUCUUUGCAUUCUUCUUGCUGUUUUGGGAUAUCUCUUGCAGGGGCACAAGGGCAGGUAUUUGGAGGAAUUGUAGCCGGAAAGGUUUUAGCUGCGAGUCUUGUGGUGGUAGUCGCCACCACUUUCUUGAACCCUACAUUUCACAGAUUGCCAAGCGAUAAUGAUGAGGCUAUGGAGACUAAAUCUAGUUGUUGUGGUCCUGCAAAUGAGUCUUGUGUUAGUUCUGGCAUGUCCAUGACUGUUUAUGGUGUGGCCAACCCAGCCGCAAUCAAUUGCCAGGUUUCUCCUGAUAUUAUGCGCUGGGGUCCUCCUCCUCGCCCUUAUUACUAAGAAAAAGUUCAAGAGAGUAGCCAAAGAUUUUGGAUGCAAAUUUGAUUUAAUUGGACAACCCUCCUUCAGUUUUGCGUUUGCA